GUUGGCAAUAAAAAUGAAUUAUCUCUGAGUUUACCACAUAGUAUCACUACAUGGGUUAUUCAAGCUGUAUCUGUAUCACAAACACAUGGAAUAUGUGUUGCAGAGCCAAAGAAAGUAUUGUCCUUCAAAAAGAUUUUUCUUCAAUUGGAUCUUCCGUAUUCUGUUGUACGAAAUGAACAAGUUGAAAUUCCAGCCACUAUCUUUAACUAUGGUCACAAGAGAUUAUCUGUUAUUAUGUAUAUGUAUGGUGUGGAACACUUGUGUACAGGAACUAAAAAAGAUGAAAAAAGUGAGAGAAAAAGGCUGAUAGUUGAAGGUCAGUCAGCAGUGACUGCAACAUUUCCUGUUAUACCUUUAAAAGAAGGAGAGUUUGAUAUUAGAGUUGUUGCUCUCAGUGCUGAAGGAAGUGAUGCAAUUAUGCGAAAGCUGCAUGUUGUUCCAGAGGGGUAUCCUGAUGGAAUUGAUUUUUCUAUUAAACUAGAUCCUUCAAAUAUGCAACGCAGAAAGAGAAGAUUUGUUGGUAACAACAGAUAUACAGAUUCAAUAGAUGAGAGUCAAAAUCUGCAAGUCACAGCAAUAAAAUUACAUGUACCUCAAGAUUUUGUACCAGGAACAGAAAGCUGUGUAAUUACAGCCUUGGGGGAUCAGUUAGGACCUGCCGUUGAUACAACUAUUAAUAAUCCUGACAAAUUGCUGACAAAACCUCGUGGCUGUGGGGAGCAAAAUAUGAUGUUCUUGGCUCCAACUUUAUACACAAUGAGGUAUUUAAAAGUUAAAGGCAAAAUUACUCCAGAAGUUGAAGAAAAAGGUUAUGGUUAUAUACGUCAGGGUUAUGGUAAUCAGCUUGCAUUUAGGAAAGAAGAUGGAUCAUAUGCAGCUUAUCAGCACAAGCCAACCAGUACAUGGUUGACAGCCUUUGUUAUGAAAGUAUUUUGCCAAGCAAAUGAAUUGAUACAUAUUGAUGAAAAUGUGUUGUGCUCUGGCAUCAAGUGGCUUAUUGACGAUCAGCAACCUGAUGGAUCUUACAUUGAAAGCCAUCCUAUGUAUCAUCUUGACAUGAUGGGAGGUGUUCAAGGGAAAACACCAAUGACAGCUUUUGCUUUAAUAGCCUUAGAAGAAUGCAAGUGUGAUGCUGAGAAUCUACAUUUGGCUAAGAAAAAGGCGGUGGCUUUCUUAGAACAACAUCUUGGUGAGGUUAAUGAAGCACUUCCAGUGGCAAUUGUUGCUUAUGCCUUAGCUUUAGGUGAGAGUGAUUUAAAAGAUGCUGCACAUGACAAAUUACUAACUUUGGCAAUGCAUGAUGAAGAUGCAAACAUGUUGUAUUGGGAUACAGGAAAUCCUGCCAGAAAUAUUGAAGCUACAGCGUAUGGUCUCUUAAAUUUACUGCUUUUCAAUGAUAUGAUGAGAAGUGCUUCUAUUGUCAAUUGGCUGAAUUCUCAGCAAUUACAGUCAGGCUCUUUUCAGUCCACUCAGGAUACAGUUAUUGCUCUCCAGGCUCUCGCAGAAUAUGCUAUAAGAGCUCAGAUGCCUCCAAUCAAUUUAGUUUCAAAUAUUACAUCAAGCAACGAUAGGAAUUUCCAUAAGGUCCUGGCUUUCCAUGAGGGCAAUUCAAUGGUUUUGCAAGAUGUAGAAGUAAGAAAAAUAGGUGGCACUCUGUUCAUUAAUACAGCUGGACAUGGAGUUGGUUCAUUAUCUGUCAAACUGAGGUACAAUGUGAAUCGUCCACCAGAGCAGAUCUGCAAAUUUGAUGUGACUGUAAAUGUAACAGAAGCAACUGGAGAAGCCAAAGAAGCAGAUCCUCUUGAUCCACAGCUUGGUAAAUUAGAUCCCUUGGUUCCAUCAAACAAUGAUGUAUUUAAUCUUCUUGAAGCAGAUUUAAUUAGAGGCAUGGGUCAAGCUCUAGAUAAAGAUGAAGAUGCUGAGCCAGUCUUUGUAGGAGACCCACGAAAUAGGCAACCUGCUUCUCUUGUUGCAGCAGUUCCAGAAAAAGAAAUUCGAGUCAAAAGAGAAAAUGCUGCUGCAAACAGUAAACUGAUAUAUAAGAUUUCAAUAUGUGCUAGGUACUUGGGUGACAAAACUGCAGAAAUGAGUAUAGUAGAUGUUGGAUUAUUUUCUGGAUUUGAGCCAGAAGAACGAGACCUUGAAUUGUUGCAGAACAGUGCAGAUGGUAUGAUUCAAAGAUAUGAGAAGAGUAAGAGAGGAAUAGUAUUUUAUUUACAGACGGUUCCUAGAGAUAACAAAUACUGCUUCAGCUUCCAUGUUACUAGACAGUUUACUGUAGGAGGUACCCAAGCAAGUGUUAUAAAAGUGUAUGAUUACUAUAGUCCAGGUUAUUCAUGCACAGUAUUCUACAGCCCUGCAAGUAACAGUCCUCUGCUGCAUACAAUAUGUGAAGGUGGAAUUUGUCAGUGUGCUGAAGGUGGCUGUCCUCCAAACGAGCCAUUUGAAGAAAUUAGAAAAAUCCAUUCACUUUUUGACAGACGAGAGAAACUGCUCGAUGCUGCCUGUGAGAAUUACCAUUAUGUGUGGAAAGGCAAAGUACUGGAAAAUACAAAGAAAGCGGGCAUAUUUUUGAAUAUUACAUUUUUUAUAGAGAAAGUAAUUAAAGAAGGUACAGAAAAAGCUGAACUUAUAGAAGGAGAAACUAGAACUUUACUUCUGAGAGACACCUGUGCAUCUUCUGAACCUUUCCCUAAUUCUGAAUAUCUUAUUAUGGGCAAAGAUGGGCAAAAGUACAAAGAUGAUAAUGACCAAAUAUGGCACAGAUAUAUGCUUGACAAGAAUAGUGUUAUUUAUUUGUGGAAUUCACUUAGUAAGGCACAGUAUCCUGUUUUGCAACGGGAUUUGAAUCAUGUUACUAGAAAAUUAGAGAAAAAUGGUUGUAAUGGAUAAUUUAAUCAUGUAAUAUACUUUGCUCAUGUCUAGAACCAUAUAUAACUUUAUGAAGAGCUGUUAUGCAUUUUCCUUGCUUAUCUGUUGUAAAGAAAUUAGUUUUAAAUUUAAUUUGAUGUAUUAGGAGUAAAUUUAAAUUUGCAGUGUAUCAUGGUAUGAAAUUUUAACACUUUUUCAAAUGAAAUAAUUAAGUUUCUUGAGAUCUUAAUGUUAAAACAGUGUAUUUAAAUUUUAGAAUAAUUAAAUGCUUUAUUAAACUGCAGCAGUAGAAUUUCAGCCAAAAUAAAAUAAGAUACAUUUUCGUUUGUCUUGUCUUAAAUAAAA